AACUAAUGGAGGACAAAGCUAGUAUCGGUGCCGGUGGUGGUGGUGGUGGUGGUGAAAUGAGGAAAAUUCACAUAGUUUAUUUUCUUAGUCGUAAAGGACUUAUUGAGCAUCCACAUCUCAUUCGUGUGCAUCAUUUCUCACGAACCGGGGUUCGCCUUAGAGAUGUUAAGAGAUGGUUAUCUGAACUAAGGGGGAAAGACAUGCCUGAGAGUUUUGCUUGGUCAUACAAGAGGAAAUAUAAGGCUGGAUAUGUGUGGCAAGACCUACUAGAUGAAGAUCUUAUUACCCCAAUUUCUGAUAAUGAAUAUGUCCUUAAAGGUUCAGAAAUUCCCUCCAUCACCUUCACCAAUGAUUUUAGUUCAUAUAGUGAGAAAGAUGGCUCCAAAACAAAGUCAACCUCGCCCCCAUUCAAGGUUGAUGUCAAAGUUCCCAAAAUCCACAUAGCAAAAGAUCAAUCUCAAGAUAAUUCAAUCAACUCAUCAACGAAAACUUCAUUUGAGAUCGAAUCGCCUUCAUUUGGCUCCGAGACCUCCACUGAAGACACGACAAAGCAACUAGAAGAUUACCACUUUGUUGACACAACUAAACAUGAAGAAGUACAAAGCCAAAAGAAAACUGAAGUUGAUGCCUUAUUGGAAACUUAUUUGAACAAAAUCAAGAAUGAUGAUAACAUCAAGAAAUGUGGCAGCCAGAAAGAAACAAGUAGUUCCAAGGUGCCCCGUUCUUCAAACUACUCGUUUGAGAAAAGCAGUAGUUACUCGGGCUCAGGAGCGACUCAUAUGUUUUUGAACUUGAUCACUUGUGGGAUUGUGGACACCAAUGACUCGGCUAUGACAGUAAUCAAAAGAAAAGAUGGUACGGCUUCUAUGAUGAAUGUAUCUUCUGCUAACCAAAAAAAUAUUGGUCAAGUGGUAAAAAAGGACAAACUUGGGGGGUCGGAGAAGGUUUCAAGAGGUCAUUGGACUACUUUAGAGGAACAAAAAGAUAACAGGAAGGAGGGAUCGAAGACGAGUCAUAACAUGGGUCACUCCAAUAACAAAAAGACAAUCCCAGAUGCUUAUAAGUUUGUCAAUGGCCCUUAUUGCUCGCAAUGUGGGAGGAAGUUCAAUCCUGAGAAACUUCACACCCAUAUGAAAUCAUGUAGAAGAUUGAAGGCUUUAACCAAGGCUGCCAAAUCCAUAUCCGAAAGGGUGAUCGUUUAAACCAAAACGACUAGCUAGCCACAGAUUCACCUUUUUAAACAUUUAACUUGACAAAUAGAUACAUUUUGGUUUUCUUUUUAGGAGUUAGAAAUUAGAUACCGUUUACUCUUGCAGAUCAUUCUGUAUCUAGUUUUCUUUCUUAAAAUCGCCAAUCUCUUCCAUGUAAAAGAAAAGUUGAAGUAGUGCAUAGCAGCAAUUAACUUACGAAGUUGAGGUA